AUGGCCAAGACCCCUAGUGACCAUCUGCUGUACUCCCUAGAGGAGCUGGUGCCCUACGACUUCGACAAGUUCAAGUUCAAGCUGCAGAACACCAGCCUGGAGAAGGAGCACUCCCGGAUCCCCCGGGGCCAAAUCCAGACAGCCAAGCCAGUGAAGCUGGCCACUCUGCUGGUCAACCACUACGGGGAGGAGUAUGCUGUGCGACUGACCCUGCAGGUCUUGAGGGCCAUCAACCAAAACCUCCUAGCAGAGGAGCUCCACAGGGUAACUGGCCCAGCACUGGACAUUUUCAUCCCUUUGUAUCUCGUUGUCUUUUCAGAAUAUCUGAUACAAGAACACGGCCCAGACAGUUCAGCAAUGUCUUGUUCCUCUGUGGAAAAUAAUCCCAAGAGCCUGAGGAUAUCAGAUGGUCCACAAGGUGAUAGGCAGUGGCAAAGUGGUGACAGGGCAGCCAGCCUGCCAUCUGGCCAACUCGAGGCUGGAAGGGGGCCCCAGAAGAAGCCUCAGGUCAGAUCGAGAGAUCAGAAGGGCUCCGAGGGCCUGGAUGUGCAGGGCAAGCUGGGGGCCAGGAGUGUGACUCCUUCUUCCAGGAGAAGCCCAUUCCCCGGCAAGCUGCAGGAGGAGAAAGGGAUGAAUCCGGGAUCCGGGGUACGCAGGAAUGCCAGCUCUGCAGGAAGGCUCCAAGGAGUCUCCAGUGGGUUAUUUUCUGGGUCCCCAGGAAGGAAGGAAUCCAAGACACCUGAAGUAAAUUUACCUUCAAGAAAGAAGCGACCCAAAAGUCUUGAAUUUACCAUUUCUUCAGGAGGAGAACCCUUCAAUCCAGAAACUCUUCUGCUUCAAGAGAAAAUAAGAAGUGAGAAUCCAGACUCAGGUGCCACCUCCAGUGAAGUGGCCACUCUGGAUAUAGGGGCUACUAUGGCUCUGGAGAAAUGCUCCAGGAAUCCAGAACAUUCCAUGAUCCUAGAACGGGGAGCAUUCAGGAAUACAGUUUCUCAUGUAUCUCUGGCUAGAGAGGAGAGGACUUGGGAGCAUCCAGAAUCCAGAGCACCUUUGGAGAAACAUGGGACUGAGGAUCCAGAGACCCCUGAGACCUUGGGGGAGGUGGUAGGUGGUGUGCUCCAUAAGCCUUCAAAUUCAGAAGUCCCUCUGUCUUCAAGUAAGAAAGGACCCCAGAAUCCAGAAGACCUGGCAUCCUUAGGAAUGGUGACCUAUGCAGGAGAUUUUUCCACUGCCAUGUCACCAAGGAGGCUGCAGGACAAGGCUGUGUGUCCCCUUUGCCGCGCCCAGGAAGGAGACCCAGAUGGUGGCACCUGCGUGCAUGAUUCCUGCAGCUGCUCCAUUGCUUCUAGGAAUCUCAAGGCCUCAGAUGGUCACUCACCCAGCUGCCCCCAGUGCCAGGCCUCACUCCCAGGGAAGAGCUCUGGAGGCCAAGAGCGGCAGGAGGGCCAACAGAUGGCCAGCCUGAUCUCCAAGCCCCUGCCACAGUGUGAGCGUCACAUGAACCAAGUCCAGCUGCUCUUCUGCGAGGACCACGGGGAGCCUAUCUGCCUCAUCUGCAGGCUGAGUCAGGAGCACCAAGGCCACUGGGUACGCCCUAUCGAGGAGGCCGCCCUGGAAUACAAGGAGCAAAUUCAGAAGCAGCUGGAGCAUCUGAAGGGGUUGAGAAAAUCUGGGGAGGAGCAGAGAUCCCAGGGGGAAAAGACGACAGCAAACUUCCUGAAAAAAACCGAAAUCCAGAAGCAGAGAAUCCAGUGCCAGUUGGAGCAGUUUUACCGGUUUCUGGAGGAGCAAGAGCAGCUCUUUGUGGCCUGGAUGGAGGAGCUGGGCCAAACCAUUGGCCAGGUCAGGGAGACACACGGCACCCAAGUGUCUAAGUACACCGCCCUUCUUGACGAGCUGAUUGGGGAGCUGGAGACCAAGCAGUGCCAGCCGGAAUGGGAGCUUAUGCAGGACAUCGGAGUCACCCUGCACAGGGCCAAGAUGGUGACUGUCCCUGAGCCGUGGGCCACCCCUCCAGAGGUGAAAGAAAAGCUCCACCUGCUCUACCAGAAAUCAGAGUUUGUAGAGAAGAGCAUGAAGCACUUCUCAGAAACCUGGCGUUCAGAAAUGGAAACCUUCAAUGUUCCAGAACUGAUUGGUGCUCAGGCCUCUGCAGUUAAUGUAAUUCUGGAUGUAGAAACCAGCCACUCCAACCUCAUCUUCCAUCUAUCUGAUGACCUGAAGAGUGUGAGACCUGGAAACAAGUGGGACCGUCUGCCUGACAAUCUGGAAAGAUUCGAUAGCUGCAUCAUCACCCUGGGCUCUCUGAGCUUCCUUUCCAGCCGCUAUUACUGGGAAGUGGGGGUGGAAGACAAGACAGGGUGGGUCCUGGGCAUUUGGAAGGCGUCCAUGAGCAAGAAGGGCAGGACUCUGUCACCAGAGAAUGGCUACUGGGUGGUGAUGAUGACGAAGUGAAACGAGUACCAGGCAUCCAUUUUUCUCCCAACCUGCCUGUGGAUGAGGGAGCCCCCCAGGCAUGUGGGCAUCUUCCUGGACUACAAGGCUGGAGACAUUUCAUUUUACAAUAUGAUAGACAAAUCCCACAUCUACACAGUCACCGAUUUCUCUUCCUCUGGGCCCCUUCAACCUAUCUUCAGCCCCAGGACACAAGACAGAGGGAAAAACAUGGAUCCUCUGGCCACCUACCCAGUGGGGUCAGGGGACCCAGUAAAUGCCCAACACUUCACAUCUCUCUUCUAGCUCCUGGCCUUGUAUCUUGAAUUCAUACACUUAACAGACAUUAUUGAACACCUACUGGGUUCCAGCUGCUGUGGGGAAUAUAAUAAAUAAGAGAACAGUCUCUGUGCCCAAGGAGCUUAUGGAAUAGUUGCAGAAGUAAGCUCGGUAUGCAAAUAUUGGUAAACCAAAGGUGAAGAGAACACAUGAACUGAUGACAGGCCAUGGAUUUCAGAGGAGGAAGUAUGUGGCUGUUACUUAAUAAAUCCUAGUAUGAAUUAGCACCCUAAGAUGCUCCUGCAGAGAUCCCACCCUCAUUUUCUCUCAGGACCCCAUGGCAAGGUUAUGUCCCUUCAUUCUAUCCUCCCCUGUCUUGAGGACUUGGGAAGCCUAGAGGAAAAACAAGCAGACUGGACUGUUACAAAAUAUUUUUGUACCUGGAUUAAUGAACUACGGUUCUUCAGAGUAUUGGCUGGGCCUCAUAAGUAAAUCACUUAGAAAAUUUGGUCAUCAUUGCAUUUGUUGUCACUCAGUUGAUCACUGUGAGAUCCCGUUUCCCUACUGAACACCAUGAAAGAGAUGGGGCUGUCGGAGUGGAAAACCAUUUGACACAUAUUCCAAGUGUCAGAUUAUUCUGUCCUGAUCUGUAUCUGAAAAACCUAUGGGCCUGUGGAAUAUUAGGUGUUCUGGUUUACAGAAGCCCUCUCUGUCAUCCUCCAUUUAGAGAGAUGUAAAGAGAAGGGACGUAAGAAAACAAAAAGAAUCAAAUGAAGAUUAAACUCCAACUCCUCUCUCCGUCUUCAGACUAGAACCUAGAUUGGACUCAGGUUCUCCAUAGUUGUUACCAGAGCAUGAAACACAUGCUUUGCUUUCUUCAUGGAGCUUUGUUCUACGUGCAUAAUCCACAUGCCGACACAGUUCAUAUGCCCAAUUUGCUUAGCUGUUCCCAUGGUUUGUCAUUUGUUACCCCCAAUUCUUUCUUGCUAUAACCUUUCCAUGAACAGCUUCAUGUAUAUUUCCCACCACCUGCCCAUACACAUAUUUUUCUCAUAUUAUUUCUCA